AUGUUGCAGGAUAUCCCACUGCACGUGACGAUGCUGACCUUCCUGCUGAUGGCCACGGACCGCUACCGGCUGGUGCUGUACCCCUACAAACCACGCAUCCCUGUCUGCAUCUGCGCGCUGGGAACCUGGAUGCUGGCCAUCUGCAUCGUGGUUCCAUACCCCUUCUACAUCACGUAUCUCGAUCUGGAGGUGCUGCGCGACCAGCUACGGGGUAUCGGCGUGUGCAUGGUGAACCUGCCGGAGAGCAUGGAGGACUACAUGCGCGGCCUCUUCGUCCUCACGUACGUGCUGCCGCUGCUGUGCAUGAUGUACCUGUUCGUGCGCGCGCGUGUCGAGAUGAACCUGCGCGGCCCGCCGCUCGCCGCCAUCUUGUACCGCGCUCGCAACCACGACCGCCCCGAGUCGCCGAGCGUCGUCUUCAGGGAAGAGCCACAGGGACUGUACGAAGCGCAACUGGAUUUGGAAGACGAGAAACGCGUUCACGCGAACUUCGUUUCAAUGGUCGUCACCUACGCGCUGCUGCUGUUGCCGCUGAUGACUCUCCGACUAGUCAAUCAGAUGGUGGCUGAGACGUACGACAAUGGUGCCACGUAUGACGUCAUAUACACCAUCUUCGUGUGGUUUGCAUUCUUGCACACUUUCACCACACCUUUCUACUUCUAUGUCUGGAACGAUGGUCCGUAA